UUGUAUCCCAGGAAGUUUUUUUAAACAUUCAGAAAUCUGAAUUUUCAUGAUGAAACUACGUCUCCGUCUUUGGCUUUUUGUCCUGUGGCUGAAUGUGAAGACGUCUUUACAACAAAAUGAUCCCACAUGUGAAUUUGGCAUUAUACACAGUAAUCUCUUUGUGGCUGGUUUACCACCUCAGAAUCAGCCCAUCACAGCUGGACAUAAAUUACGUUUUCUCUGCAGUGAUGAGUACAAACUGAAAGGCUCAAAGGAAAUCGAGUGUUUGCAAACUGGACAGUGGAAUUCCCCAUUCCCAACCUGCUCUGAUCCCACUUGUGAAGUUGGCGUGAUGGACCCUCGUCUCUUUGUUUCUGGUUUGCCACUGCUGAAUCAACCAAUCCAACCUGGACAUAAAUUACGCUUCCAGUGCAAUAAGGAGAGCGAGCUGAGAGGCUCGAGAGAAAUCGAGUGCUUGCGAACUGGACAGUUAGAUCAACUUUAUACACAGAAAAAUUCAAGCUCUACAUAAUCCAUAACUUUGUUACCAGUUUGAGUGUAACCUCUCCAUACUUGGUCUCUUCAUUGUAGCGGGAAGAUUACUGGUUAAAAUAAUUUCCACCUUUACUUUGCUCAUAGCUGCUAA